CCCUCCCCCCUUCCCCAACUCGACGGAUAAAGCCAUCGUAACAGUAUCCUUAACGACACGCAAAGCCCUUCCGGGAAACAUUAACAGAAAAAGUAUUUUAAAAAUAAAAACACAGCAACAAUCAUGGCUCCACAACCACCGCCUGAAAUGCCCCUCCCGCAACGGCUCAUGGCUCUAGCACAAACUUUGCAGUUUGGUUGGUUCGUCGGGUAUGUCUUUCCUCCUCUCCAUCUAUACUGUCCGCUUCUUUAACAAACCGUGAGUGUGAAACAACGACAGCCACUUCACCCUCCUCCUAACCACUCUUCGUUACGCCCUCGCAGCCCUAAAAUUCUCCACAAAUACCCGGGUAGCUAGCCUCUGCUAUCGUCUCGGCUUCCUUAGCGCGGCGGUGACCUACGGCAUCGUCGUUUACAAGGCUUACCGACCCCGUGUCCGCAGCGGGCAAUUACCCGGAGGGCAAGCCGGCGUUAUGAAGGUGUUGGGGGACGAGAAUGUCCAGUAUUUAUGUACGUUUAUCUUUCUUUCAUUCAAUUCUUCUCUCUUCCGUGGGAGACAAUUGCUAACAUGACUAUGAUACUGAUGUGAUAGUCAUGGCCUUAAUCUGGCUCUACACAAAGCCAAUCCUCUACGCUCUCCUCCCGUUCGCCGUGUACUCCACUUUCCACUUUCUAACAUACCUCCGCACCAACCUCUUGCCAACCAUUUUCCCCCCUCCUCCCGCUUCCCCAACCUCCCCGGGUGGCUCCAAACCGCAAUCAGCAUUCUCGGAGUCCAUUGCAAAGUUUGUCAAGAACAACUAUGACUACUCUAUGCACCUGGUAGCGAACUUGGAACUCUUCCUCUGGGCACGCAUAUUUUGCGGCGCCCUGAUCUUUAGGAACUCUUGGAUCCUUUUGGCAAUUUAUACCAUCUUCCUUCGAACGAGGUACUCGCAGAGCCCAUUCGUCAGGGACGCAUUGAAGGGGCUUGAAGUCCGUGGGAAUGCGCUCGCCGCGGAUAAUAAUAUUCCCGAUGGUGCCAAGAACGUUUGGAGCACCGUGAAGAGCGGUGUCAAGAGCUUUGGUGAGUUUACGGAUUUGGGGAAGUAUCUGGGUGGUGGCGGUACGCCCAAGAAGGCGCAGUAGAGAAUAUUAGUGGUGGAUAGGUGAAAAUGGGACUGUCUUGUCAGAAUGAGGGACGGGCGUGGAGAGUGGGGUGAAAGUGGAAGUAAAGGUGUAUUCGGAUGGGGAUUGAUUGGAUUAGUUUUACAAUGGAAUGGAAAUGUUGAACGAAGUGCUUUGGUUUCCUUUUCCAUCUCUUUUGGCCUUUGCUUCUUUUUUCUUUAUUCGGUUGAGCCGGAUUUCACGUUUAUGCGGUUGUUUAUUUCUUUUGCCUUUCCUUGGGCCCGGUGCGGUGCGAUACUUGCUGCCAGUCGGUGGGUGGGUCAUGAGAGCGGACAUGCCUAAUGCGGAGGGACAAAGUCAAGGGAUCACCAAUCAUAUCAUCAUUUCAUUCCAUUUAAUGAUUCAAUUGUACCCAUCG